AUGGGGAAGCCACCAGUCCCCCUCUUCCAAUCGAAGCUGCUCUGUUUCUCCCUGCUCUACCUCUUCACCGCCCUGUUCCUGGCCCUCUACACCUCUCUCUCCCCCACCAGAUGCCUCCUCCGGUCCUCCCCCUUCGACCCCCUCCAGACCCCUCUCUUCUCUUACCCUCCCGCCUACGGCGAGCACAAGUACGCCCUCCCGACUGCCCGCCCCUCCUGCUCCUCUCCCGUACUCUUCUCAGAUUAUUUGGAAGCGGUCAGGGAGAUCGGAGAUUUGUGCGCGAAUUCUUCGUGGUCGUCGACGGCUUCGCCGCUGCCUCCUCUGAGGUACAAGCAGGGCAGAGAUGACAACUUUGGAGGAAAGUUCACCGCCCGAGAGCGGUUUUCUUAUUUCGAUCAUCGCAAUGACAGCGUUGAAGUCCCCUGUGGAUUCUUUAAGGAAUUCCCAAUCAGCUCGGACGAUAGGGAGGCCAUGGAGAAAUGCGACGGAGUCGUCGUUGCCUCCGCCGUAUUCAACGACCACGACAAGAUCCGUCAGCCGAGAGGGCUCGGAUCCCAAACCCUCGCCAGCGUAUGCUUCUUCAUGUUCGUCGACGACGCCACCGCGAAAGUCCUCGAGAGCCACAGCCUGAUCUCCCGGAGCUCGGGAGCGGUGCGCAAGGUCGGAGCAUGGAGGGUCGUGGAAGUGGCAGGCGAGCGCCUGUACGAGGACCCGGCGAUGAACGGGGUGAUCCCGAAGCACCUGGCGCACAGGCUGUUCCCGAACUCGAAGUUCAGCGUGUGGAUCGACGCGAAGCUGCAGAUGGCUGUCGACCCGGUCCUGCUGGUCCACUCGCUGCUCGUGCGGGAGGGCGCCGACAUGGCGGUGUCGAGGCACCCGUACUUCAAGCACACCAUGGAGGAGGCGAUGGCCACCGCGAGGUGGAAGAAAUGGCGGGACGUGGAUUCGCUGCAGAAGCAAAUGGAGACGUACUGCGAGAACGGGCUUCAGCCAUGGUCGCACAACAAGCUUCCAUACACUUCAGAUGUGCCGGACAGCGCCCUGAUUUUGAGGCGGCACACCCCGGCCAGCAACCUCUUCUCGUGCCUCUUGUUCAACGAGCUGGACGCGUUCAACCCGAGGGAUCAACUGGCCUUCGCGUACGUGAGGGACCUCAUGAGCCCCAAGCCCAAUCUCCACAUGUUUGACGUGGAGGUGUUUGAGCAAGUUGCGCUAGAGUUCAGGCACAACCUGAAGCGCGGUGGCGGCGGGGCCGGGGGGCCACGGAGGACGAAGAGGGCGGGCUCCCCAGAGUCGUCCGGGAACGGCAGCUUCGGCGGCAGGUGUCGGAAGUAUCUGGAGGAGAUGUGGGGGUGAAUCCCACAAUUGAUUCUCUCAACAGGGACAAAAGGUUGAACUGCCCAACCGCAUUUCACGAAAGCG